AGCAAUAUGGCGGAUAAAAAUUUGUUGAGGAGUUGCAUAAAUUGCAUAAAAAAGCUUCAAUAAAGUGAUUUUCUGAUGGAGUUGAGAAUAAAAAACCUAGGUAGGACCAAGGCAUAUCGUGAUGCAUUGUCCAGGUCAAAAGAUAUUCAGAGUAAUGGGACCACUGUUCCAAGAAAGCGUGUCAUCAUAGCUCCAAAAAUGGCAUGUGUUCCCGAAAGAUGCAGUGAUUUUUCUGCCUUUCCACCUAUCACGCAAAAUAAGACUUCAAAGAAGAAAGACCAAAUAACAGACUGUUACUUCGACCAAAAAAAAGCCACAAUCUCAGAAUUUAACAACUACAAAGCUUGGGUAAAGGAAAGAAAGCGGCUGCGAAGAGAUUUAGACCAGUGUGAAAUGGUUUCUGAUUGGCUACAGAGCAAGCCAAAUUUGACAGAAGUUGAACAGCGUGUUCAAGACUCGUUGACAAAGAUAUCUGAUAAGAUUCCCGCGAGCAGGAUUAAAAACAGGGAAACAAGUAAUGGUGGUCAGGUUUUUUUUAAUAAUUAUGACUCCAGGUUUGCGCCAGUCAUCAACCAACCUUUGCCAGUUGCCUUUGCAACGAUUAAUGAGUAUUUGGCAAAGAAGAGGCUUCGAUUUUAUGAUUUGUUUGUGCAAGCAGAUCGCGAUAAAGAUUGGCAUGUCAAUCGUGAUGAGUUAAAAGAUGUAAUGAAACAGCAUCGUAUUCCUCUUAAAGAUGCAGAAAUUGAUCAGUUCAUUCAGGCACUUGAUGAGAAUAAUGAUGAUGUACUUGAAUAUAAGGAGUUGGUCCAUGGCAGGGAUUUGUUUAUUCUGAGUGAACGCAUAAAGAAGCAUUUAGGUGAGGAAGAUGCAGUAAUAGAACCAUCAGACAAUUUGGGGAUAAUACAAGGAGACACUUUAAAUUGUACCAAUCAAAUAGCUGUACAGUUUUCAUCUCAGUCACUGCUCAGUUUGCCUGGGGUGUCAAGUAGUGACCACAUUUUUACCACAAGUGACCAGGACGGCGAAAAACGUUUGAAACGACAGAAAAAAAGGGAGAAACAUCGACAAAAGACGAGAUCACCAGAGAAGGCUGAACGUGAGAGUUCAACUAUGGGAGGGGUAACAGGUGUGCUUGUCGAUGCAUUUCAAAGACAAAAAGAAAAUGAAUACGAGAAAAUCUUGGAACUGUGUCAUUUGCAUGGCAUACCACUUUCCAAGAAUCUUUUAGAGAGAGUUCUCUUGCAUCCCGAAGACAGGGAUCUCGACACGUGUAUCUCAUCACUGAAACCUUCUGAUCGAUAUCUGAUGUCGGAGAAAGAUCUUUAUCGAAGGCUGGAGCCUAGCAACGCACCAGGUCAUGCCGAGCGUGGCGGGAGAAAAUUUAGUAAAAGCAAACGUAAAAUUAAUUUUUAUUCUUGUCAUGUUUAUCCACCGGCUGCGUCAGUCACACCAAAGAGCGAAAGAAUGAAUUUGUCGUCUGGGCCGGCUAAUAUUUCACGGAAAGCAGACUGCUGGAUGACGUAUGAAGAGUAUUGUAACUUGACCAGGCACCUUGACUCGCGGUUUGACAAAUCUUGGAAGCCGACGGAAGAAGACUCUUAUUGGCCAUCGUAUGUUCUUGACAAGGUUAGACUCUACUUGGAAAGACCUCGAACACAAGUGAGAAGCGAAAACAGUAUUUUUGAUGUUAUACACAAUAGAACGAUACACUGAUGAAAUCUAAACAAGAUGUUUCGUCAUGA